UCUGCGAUUUUUGACCUUCGUAUCUUAGAAAUUUAAAAAAUCAGCAGCAUUUUCCGCCGCUCAUCUGCAAUCGGCAUUAAAAAAUGCGAGAAAUUGCGAUAUUUUGACCUCCGGAAGAUAAACAGCGCAUUCCGCAUUCCUCCAAUCUGCAGCAAGAAAAUGAGAGAAGCUGCGUUUUUUUGAGCUCCGCCUCUGCUAUAAUCUGCAGCAAAAAAUGCGAGGGAUGGUGAUUUUUUUAGUUCAAUAUCUCGGAAAAAUAUCAGGAGCAUUUUUCACCAAAAUGCAAGAAAUCGCAAAUUUCUGAGCUCCAGAUCUCAGAAAGAAAAAGGGAGCAGCAGCAGCGGCAUUUUCUGACCUGCAGCAGAAGCGCGAUUUUCCGAGCUCCAGUUCUCAGGAGAAGAUAGCAGCAGCAGCAGCAAUGGUUGCAGAGCCUUGGAUCUUAAAGAUGGGGAAUCAGGUCAGUAACAAUCUCAAACACGCUUUCUUUCUCGACCCUUGGAAGAAAAACAAGAACACCAGAAGACCAGAUCGGAAGGACCCAUCAGCGGCGGUGCUGAUCGGCAUCCUCUCUUUUGAGGUCGCCAACGUCAUGUCGAAAACUGUCCACCUCUAUAAAUCCCUCACGGAUGCUGAGAUCUCUCGCCUCCGGUCCGAGAUCCUGAAAUCUGAAGGUGUUAGGAAUGUCGUUUCAGACGACGAAUCCUACCUUCUGGAGCUUGCCGUGGCGGAGAAGCUCGACGACCUCAACCGUGUUGCUGCGGUUGUUUCCAGGUUAGGGAAGAAAUGCACCGAGCCAGCGUUGCUUGGGUUUGAACAUAUAUAUGCCGAUAUUUGCAGUGGAAAAAUCAACGUUAGGGAAUUAGGGUUUCUGGUCAAGAACAUGGAUGGGAUGGUUAGGAAGAUGGAGAGAUAUGUGGGGUCCACGUCGAAUCUUUAUAACGAGUUGGAGGUGUUGAAUGAGUUGGAGCAGGCGACCAAGAAGUUCCAGCAGAAUCAGCACGAGGAGAGCCGCCGGGCAUUCGAGCAGAAGGUCAUCUGGCAGAGUCAGGACGUGGCCCAUCUCAAGGAUGUCUCAUUGUGGAACCAGACUUUUGAUAAAAUCGUAGGGCUGUUGGCGAGGACAGUAUGUACAAUUUACGCUCGGAUUUGUUUUGUGUUUGGGGACUCUGUUUUAGGGUUAGGGUUAGGGUUAGGUCAUGGAGGAGAAGGUUCGGCAGUGUUCGUUGAUGAAAGUAGGCAGUUUUCUGGUCAGAUUCUUUUGGGUCGUCAUCGGACUCCAAGGACUUCCGGGCCGCUUCGACAGGAAUUUAGUGGGAGCAUUGGGUGUAAUUCAGGGCUGCUCGAGAGCACAGCAGCAGAGAGAAGGGAUAUGGGUGGUAAAAUCGAGCUGAGUUCACAAAGAAGGGAGAUUAGUAGUUUCCACCACGAUAAUUUCAGUUUUCCAUGCGGGUCCAGUCCAGGGAGGCUUUUCAUGGAAUGCCUUAGUUUGAGCAGUUCUGCUUUGUCGAAGCUUGAUGAUGAGUGUGUUGAGAAUGAGAUUGGGAGUUGCAGAAGUGGCUCUAGUGCUCCGAAUGGGGUGAAGCGAGAGCAUGCCCAUCGGUCCGGUUGUUUAAACCGGGUCGAAACAGGUAUUCCUUUCAGUGGAGAUCAGAGGCAAUACAACUGCAGUAGUGGUAGAAGAUUGCAGUUUGGCCCAAAAAGUAAGCUAAUGAUGCAUGCCCUGCCUUCCACCAUUGGCGGUUCCGCUCUUGCUUUGCAUUAUGCAAAUGUCAUAAUUGUUAUCGAGAAGCUGCUCCGCUACCCACAUUUAGUUGGCGAGGAAGCAAGGGAUGACCUCUAUCAGAUGUUGCCCUUGAGCUUAAGGAUGUCUUUGAGAAAGAAUCUCAAGUCCUAUGUCAAGAGCUUGGCUAUAUAUGAUGCUCCAUUGGCUCAUGAUUGGAAGGAAGCGCUAGAUAAGAUACUGAAAUGGCUUGCACCUCUAGCACAUAACAUGAUCAGAUGGCAGACUGAACGUAAUUUCGAGCAACAACAAAUUGUUAUGAGAACGAAUGUUCUCCUGCUCCAGACGUUGUAUUUUGCGGAUAGAGAGAAGACGGAGAAUGCUAUCUGUGAACUUCUUGUUGGAUUGAAUUACAUAUGCCGCUAUGAGCAUCAGCAGAAUGCCUUGUUGGAUUGUACGAGCAGUGCGGAUUUUGAUAGUUGUAUGGACUGGCAGUUGCAAUACUAAACUUCCUUGAUUUGUUUUUACUUCAAAGUUAAAGAGCAACGGUUUAGAGCAAUGGAGAUGCCUAAACUGAUGGUCAGGUAUUGCAGUUUUAUCACAUUGAAGCAAUCCCUCAUUGUGGCAUAUAGUUGGACUUGGACAUUGUUUUCUCUUGUAAGAUGAAUUGAUUCCUGAUAUAAAAAUUACUGGAGCAUGUUCUUUUGUCGUUUCGAAAUCGAAGGCUUUGUAUUGCUUGUAUUAUCUUGUAAAGAAGGGUUUGGCGAGGAAUGAAAUUUGGUUCCGCUUCUGUCUCUACUGUCAUAUACACGAUGGUCUCUACUUACACUGACUAGCAGAUGUAAAGGCGAGGUAAGUUCUGUCUUCUCUUCAUAGCGUAUUAAAACAGUGGAAAAGAUUGUGUGUACUCCACGUCCUGGUUAAAAGAUCUCGAGUCGAGUCGUGACUUGCCCAACUCGGGGGGUGAAUUGGCCCAAAUCGCCUGAGUUUGAAUCAUGAUACUGAACUAGAUUGUGUCUCUGCCUGAGAUCAAGUUGACUCGUGCGAGUCGUGUGGGACAUUCGAGUCUUACAACCAUGCUCCAUGUAUGGUGGGGUUUUGAGGUAGUUUGCUCCUACCAUUGAUGGAUGGCAGGAGGGAAUCCUGACACGCAUUUCAAAAUGGGACUUGGAAACUGCAUUUUGAAAUGCAUAUUGGGAUAUACCUGUCAUGCAUGUGGACCGUGGAAAUCAUACGCCUGAUGUCUCACUGUAAAUCUCAGUUGUCUAUUGUAUAACUGAAUAUUGAUUUCAUAGAGUAAUUAAUUGAUUAAUUUGAACUACAUGUAUGGUAAGUAUAAUGAUGAAUUCACGAGUCUAUUAUAA